AUGUACACAAACGUUGUCAUCGCCUUCUCUGUGGUCAUUGGAAUCGAAACACUCAUCAUUUGUGUUGGAAACGCUUUCGCAAUUUUUGUAUUCUGGACGCAGUACACUGGCAGUAGAAGACGAGCCAGUUAUCUUCUGAUCAAUCCGGCGGUUGCCGAUUUCUUAAUAGGAGUCACUGAGCUUCCAUCUUUUAUAACCAACUCCAUCCCCUCUCUGAUGCGAAAAAGUAAAUCUGACCUUGGAGGCUAUAUUUCAGCAUUUGUCGUCCUGUUUUCAGCUGCUUCAGUAGUUUCUCUUGCUGCUGUUUCAGUCGAACGCACUGUCGCUGUCUUGAGGCCACUUGCUCGUCGAACUUCAAGUAAGAGAGUCUAUGUCUACUCUAUUGCUUUUACUUGGAUGACUGCUAUAAUAUUAUUUCUCAUUUUCGUUCUACCGGCCUUCAAAAUGUGGCCUUCAGAAUAUGCGGUUAUAGCACUGAACAUCGUUCUUGUACUAUCCAUUCUUACCACUUGUCUUACGUAUAUCAUUAUACGCGCCCAUUUGAAACGUUCACCCCAAAUAUUUAACAGUGAUCAAAGGCGAAGCAUGGAAAGAAACGUGAAACUCUCAAAAACGGUAUUUCUGAUCAUCGCAUUGUCAUUUGCUUGUUGGGUUCCAGCUAUAUUUUUGUACGUCAUCCGUGACGUCUUUUGCAAAGAAUGCAUUCCAGCCGAAGUCGUUUGUGUGGGAACAGUUUUGCAUUUUGCAAACUCUCUAAUAAAUCCUAUCGCAUAUACUUGCAGGCUGUCAACUUUUAGGAAAACCCUGAACGGACUCGUUCAAAGGCGACAAGUUCGUGUAGAAAUAACUAAGCUCUGAAAUAAAAUGUCUCCUGUUUUGUAAAUUAUGGCAAAUAAUAUCCCACAUUUUGUCCUGACGUCACGCAUGCGCCAAUGGUGUCACCUGGGCAUACAUAGUAGCCUCUUUCAUUCUGGAAAUCAUCCCUCUUCAGGUGUCCUCUAAAGCCAUGAUUGGGGACUAUGAGUUGCAUGGAGCGUUUUCUCUCACGCGGCCAUUAGAUUAAUUGAAAGAAAAAGAAAGCUUUUAUGUAAGAAAAAGAUUCAUCUCCCACAGAAUUGGUUUGGAGCACCAACAUGGCUACCUUUUUAUUAAGCAAUUAGUAUUUCGGUACCCAAAAGUGGCAGAAAUGACGUCAUGUGAAAAUGCUCUAUUAGCAAUUAUUAGUACGCGAGGGAGACUGGAUCGGUGUUCUGUUGAAUUGCAUUAUGGGAAUGUUGUAAUGAAGAAAUUAUGAUCCAGUUUCCUGUGCAACCUUGUAAAUGUAAAUGUAAAUGUCGCGAUUGAGAGGACAAACGUACAUGUCCUCUUUACAUAGCUUUUUUGCAGUGGGCUCGGACAUCAGCAUACUAAGGGCGCCGAUGGCAGCCGCUAUCAGUCCAUUUAUGAGCCCACUGAACCCUCCCAACCCAUGAUGAGUGAUGAUGUAAGUGAUGAAGAUAGACCACAACACCGGGAACUACGUACCCUACUCUUUUCGAAUAGUGUGUGGGUUCUUUAACGUCCCACAGAGUUAUAUGUGAACAAGGUUUGUGAGACGGGACCUUCGGUUUAUCGUCCUUAUCCGAGAAGACUUGAAAGUCUAAUCAUUUGCAGAUGUCAUUACAAAACAGCACUUUCUCCUGUUAUUUUUAAGACCCGUCUCGCGACCUAACUUCCCAACUGAGCUAAAAUGAGAUUACUUCCCCAAAACAGCAAAGGGUAAUUUGUCGAUUCCAUCUCGUAAAAAGUAAAAAAUGAGAAAUUUGUCGUUCCAUCUCGUAAAGUAAAAACUGAAAGGAUUAAUUAAUGAAGCCUGCAUACUGCAAGCAAAUCUCUUCAAUUGAAAAUGAAAUCAAAUUGAUUCAAAUUCUGUGUUAAGCGAAUUUAUUAAAACAUUUGCUAAGUACCCAUACAGCUUCAGCCGUUUCUCUCGUUGUCAUUUCAGUGCAAAGCACUUUCGCUGUAUUGUGUCCUCUUGCAAACCGAACAACAAUCUAUUGCUUUUAUCUUGGCGACUAGGAUGACUCUAGCCCUGAUUUAUACCUAUAGUUUUUCUUCUCGUUUCUAAAGUGGUGAAUAAAAAUCUUUGCCUGUACUGGAGGAAGGGGAGGGUGGGGAGAGAGGGGAGGUACCACAAGACAGGAGAGACGCACACAUAGUCAUAACAAGGUCCAAAGAGACUCAGAGCAACAACUACCGAGGCAUGUCAUUCCUCAGCAUAAUAAUAAUAAUAAUAAUAAUAAUAAUAACAAUGAUGAUGAUGAUGAUAAUAACAACAACAAUAACAAUAAUAAUGUAACACUUCUAUAGCACUCACAUCCACUAGUUGUUUGUUGUACUUUACAACAAUGUUAAAAAUAAUAAUUUUAUAAUAAUAUAUACAUGCACAUAAAUAUAGAAGUAAGAAGAUAUAAAACAUUAAACCCUAAUAAAAUAAUUAAACCAUCAUUAAUGAGUUUCCUAAAAAGGUAGGUCUUCAAAUUUAUUUUUAAAAGUACAAACACUGUUCGCUUUACCAAUGUAUAAAAGAACCUCUUCCACAGUCUCAGGACACAUGUGGAAAAUGCCCUGUCGUCAUAUGUUUUAGUACUGGAUUUUGUGUUGCAAGAGGAGUUCUAAAGGUUUGAACGAAGUGUCCAGAAGUGAUUUUGGUACUGAAGUAAUUCGACCAAAUGCCGAGGGCCUAGCCAUUAAGAGCUUUGAAAACCAGCAAAAGUAACUUGAACCCAACACGACAGGAAAUCGGAAGCCAAUAACUUUUAGCAGAAGCAGACUUAUAGUAAUGAUCAAACUUUACGAGCACCUGUUACAAAAUUGAUAAUUGAAUAAUCCAUAAAAAAGAGAGCUAAGGUGAUCCAAAUUAGAAGUGAUAAAAGCUUGUACAACUGUGGCAAGAUACUUUAUGAUCUUGAACAAUUCUAAAAUGGCAGAUGAACGAUUUGCAAAGAUCUUUCACAUGAUGGUCAAACGACAUAUGUUUAUCUAGAACUACCUCAAGGCUUGUGGCUUUACCAUCAUCAUUUCCAAUGUUCACGUAAUCCAGAGAAGGGCCAUCACGAAAUUUCGAAGAGAUGAGUACAACUUCAGUUUUAUGCUUUAUGAAAUAUAUCAAGCGUGAGACCCAGUGUUUGAUCACCAAAUGAAACAAUGAGAAGAGAGUUGAAAAUACGACGUGCAGCGUCUUGCUGAACUUCGAGGUGUUCCUUCUGGAGAUGAAAAAGUGUGUCAAAUGCUUGAUAUUAGUUCUCAAAGAAAAUGAUUUUACCAGGAGAAAUUAAGGAUGCAAAAAUGAGCAGUUUUACAACUGAUUUCCAAACACUCAUAAAACAUUAAUUUCCUUUUUUGCAUUUUCUUUAUGAAUCAUUGAUGAGUUUGAAAAGUACAAAUGAAAAACUUCAAUGAAGAACUGUUCGUCUUAUGUACAAAUGAAGAACUUCAACCAAAACAAUUUCUUGCUUGAUGUAGGGCAGAGAGACUGGAGCUGAAUUCGUGUGGUCUCUGAUGCUGACGAAAAGUGGAAAAAUAUGCUUUUGACUUUUAUUAACAAACAUGCACCUGUAAAAGAGUAAAAGAGUUGGCAGAAAAACGUCCCCAUGGAUUACUCCAGAUUUACUACGUAAAAAGAAAAAUUGUACUUUGUUAUUCGCAAAUAACAAGUUAAAAUGAUGAACGUGGUGCCGUGACGCUCCUUCGAACAAAUAAGGAUCAGCGAUUGAAAAGGAACACUUUAUUUUGACCUAGUAAUACAAAAAAUAUAAUAUUUAAAAAACAAUUUCUAUGAAUAAGUAUUUUUUAGAAAGUGAUCUUAAUUGCAAAAGAGAUUGAGGGUGUCUAGGGACUUAAAACUUUAAACUCCCUUUUUCAUAUAUUUGAUUCAAAUAUAUUGUGUUUUGCUUACUUAGUGCGAAAUUUACAUAUGAAUUGAAAAUUUUACAGUUUUAGAGAAAAAGUAUUAAGGAAAAAUAUUGCUUUUUGUGUUAAAACCCGAUGUGGUCUCUAGAAUAGUGUAUAAUGUGAUAGUGCAAACUUAAUUAAGCUUACCGUUAUUUAUUUAUAUUUUCUGGUUGCAUUUAUCUUUUAGCUGCCCACAGGAAAUAAAUGAAGAUGAGAUUAAUUGAAAGUCGGCUUAAGACUGGCAGAUGUUUUGCGACAUAUAAUAAUCAUAGCUUAACGGAGGGUACUAAGGUAGGAGUUUAGAGUGUAUGGGUCGCUCAGGUCUCUUAAUCUAUUCUUCUAUUGUAGACCUGUUUUGGAAGAGUUUUAGUUAAAAAAUUAUACCCUGGUAUUGAUUUCCCUACUAGUGAUGUAAAACCCCCAAUGUGACAACGCAUAUUAAGUACACGGUCGACUCGAAUAUAGAAAAACCUGUUGUAAAACAGCACCUCUAAAACCCCGACCACGUCGGGCGGCAUAUACCCACAAAAGUAUCCUAAGGAGGUGAGUCCUUCCCCGCCCCCCGGAACCCUUGAAGUCACUUCAUAACCAAACUACACGACUUCUUUUUUAUUAACAGACCAGUUGCUCUAGCCUGUUAUUGCGUUUAUCGUUCAACAGAAGGGAGAAGCAAUGUACACGAACACUGUCAUCGCCUUCUCUGUGAUAAUAAGUAUCGAAGCACUCAUCAUAUGUGUUGGAAACGCUUUCGUAAUUUUCGUAUUUUGGACGCAGUUCACGGGAAGUAGAAGACGAGCCAGCUAUCUUCUGAUCAAUCUAGCGGUUGCCGAUUUUUUAAUAGGAGUCGCAAAGAUUCCAUCGUUUAUAACCAACUCCAUUCCCUCUCUGAUGCGAAAAGAGAGAUCUGGCCUUGGAGGCUAUAUUGCAGCAUUUGUCAUCCUGUUUUCAACAGCUUCAGUAGUUUCUCUUGCUGCUGUUUCAGUCGAACGCACUGCAGCCGUCUUGUGGCCACUUGCUCACCGAACUUCAGGUGACAGAGUGUAUGUCUAUUGUAUUGCCUUUAUCUGGGUGACUGCGAUGAGUAUGUCCCUCAUUUAUAUUCUACCUUUCUUCAACGUGUGGCCCUUAGAAUAUGCGGUUAUAGCACUGAACAUCGUUCUUGUACUAUCCAUUCUUACCACUUGUCUUACGUACAUUAUUAUACGCGCCCAUUUGAAACGUUCACCCCAAAUAUUUAACAGUGAUGAAAGACAAAACGUGGAAAGAAAUGUAAAACUCUCAAAAACGGUAUUUCUGGUCAUCGCAUUGUCAUUUGCUUUUUGGGUUCCAGCUGUCAUUUUUUACAUCAUCGAUGACGCAUUUUGCAAAGGAUGUAUUCCCGCCGAAGUCCUUAUGGUGGGAAGUGUUUUGCAUUUCGCAAACUCUCUUGUUAAUCCUAUCGCAUAUACUUGCAGGCUGUCAGUUUUUAAGAAAACGCUGAAUAGACUCCUAAAAAGGCGACACGUUCGUGCGGAAAUAACAAAGCUUUGAAAGAAAAAUAUUCCCUGCCUUGCAUGGCCAAAAAAUCUUCCCUCGUUUGGUCCUGACGUCGGGCAUGCGCAGUAGGAAGCCCAAACAACAACGACGGCGACGGCAACAUCACUCAAAAAGUCAAGUCGCUCUGCUUCAAACUUUAUCGCGAUUAUUUCAUCUCAUUUAAUUCACAAGAUGUUGGCAAUUUUUUUCUGGAGUUGAAUUCUAAAAGACUGUAUCGAAGUUCAGGAAAAGAAAAAGAAACUCUUUUGCAUUUUGCAAACUCUCUAAUAAAUACUAUCGCAUAUACUUGUAGACUGUCAAUUUUUAGGGAAACUCUGAACGGACUCGUUCAAAGGCGACAAGUUCGUGUAGAAAUAAUAAAGCUUUGAAAUAAAAUGUCCCCUUUGUAAAUUAGGCCAUUCGUCUUUUUUUUUUUUCUCGUUUAGCGUCGAAUGCGUUUCCUGAUAUUGGUUCGGUCGGUCGGUUUGAAAAAACCGAAAAAGAAAAUCACAAUUAGUCUGGGAAUGAAGGAGGCCCUGGUACCCCAGGACGACUUUAAAACUUAACAUUCACAUACUAAGGUACAUAAUAUAACUGUAAAAAAUGUUCCUGUUUUUCUUUAUGCUGUUAAUUACUAUGUGCAUUUUUCAGAUUAAAGAAUUAUUUCAAGUGAAAAAUGGUUUAACUACGUCGUUACUUUUUUUUUUGGAAAAUGACAAAAAUUUGGGUUGGUUGGACGACCCUAAACGAAGAAAAAAAAGAGGAUGAUCUUAAGGCAAAAAAAAAAUAUCCCACGUUUUGUCAUGACGUCAAACAUGCGCCAAUGGUGUCACCUGGGUAUACAAAGUAACCUCUUUCAUUCUGGAAAUCAUCCCUCUUCAGGUGUCCUGUAAAACCAUGAUUGCAGACUAGAAGUUGCAUAGAGCGUGCGUUUUCUCUCACGCGGCCAUUAGAUUAAUUGAAAGAAAAGAAAGUUUUAUGUAAGAAAAAAUUCAACUCCCACAGAAAUGGUUUGGGACACCAACAUGGCUGCCUUUUUAUUAAGCAAUUACUGUUUCGGAACCCAAAAGUGGCAGAAAUAACGUCAUGUGAAAAUGCUCUAUUAGCAAUUUUUAGUACGCGAGGGAGACUGGAUCGGUGUUCUGUUGAAUUGCAUUAUGGGAAUCAGUUGUAAGGAAGAAAUUAUGAUCCAGUUUCUUGCGCAACCUUGUGAUUACCAGUAAAAGUACGUCGAAAGAGAUUACUUCCCCAAAACAGUGACAAAGGGUAAUUCAUCACAUCAGUAGAUUCGACAAAGAUCGCGUAAACCCUUGCACGUCUAGUAACUUCAGAAAUGACAUAUGCAUUUGUCGUUCCAUCUCGUAAAGUAAAAACUGUAAGGAUUAAUAAAUAAGCAUGUAAUGAAGCCUGCAUACUGCACGCAAAUCUCUUCAAUUGAAAACAAAAUCAAAUUGAUUCAAAUUCUGUGUUGAGUGAAAUUAUUAAAACAUUCACUAAGUUCCCAUACAGCUUCAGUUGUUUGUCUCUCUGCCAUCAUCAGUCUAAAGCACUUUUCGCCGUUUUGUGUCCACUUGCAAACCGAACAACAAUCUAUUGCUUUUAUCUGGCGACUGAGAUGGCUCUAGCUCUAAUUUAUACUUUGCCCGUUUACGGUGUGUGGAGUUACGAUGUACGAAUAAAUCAAGCCAGUAUUGGUCCUUCUCAGAAGAAAACAGCCCUCCUACAAUCUGCUACAGGCUAGGACAACCCACACAAUCCAGGACCGAGCGUGACAGAUGGAGCGUCGGGUACCCUAAGCUGUACGCCAGAGAGAAUAUGGCGUCUGAAGAAGCCCUGAACGUUAUAGAGUGCUUACCAGUUCUGGAGGAGCUAGAUUGUGAACCUUUGAAGUGGAAAGAGGCUCUGGGUUCGCUUGCACCUUGAAAAGUACCCAGUCGAGGCAUUAUCAAAUCUGAGAUCCUGAAAUGCUACAAAGGAGAUGCCUUCACCGAGCUCUAUUUGCUACUUGGCUUUCGCAAAGACUUCUGGGAUAGUUACUGGGGACGCCCCAUUCAUCCAUUGGCCAAUUUGUUUCCCCUGUCACCACUAACAGUCCCAGAAGUCUUUGCAAAAGUUAACUCGGCCCGGUUUCGAAGAGAUGAGUACAACUUCAGUUUUACGUUUUAUGUAAUAUAUCAAGCGUGAGACGCAGUGUUAUAUCACCAAAUGAAACACUGAGAAGAGAGUUGAAAAUAAGACGCGGGGUGGCUUCACGAACUUCGAGGUGUUCCUUCUGGAGAUGAAACACUAUGUCGAAUGCUUGAUAUUACUUCUCAAACGAAAUGAUUUUAUCAGGAGAAAUUAAGGAUGCCAAAAUGAGCAGUUUUACAUCUGAUUUCCAAACACUCAUUAUAAACAAACAUUAAUUUCCUUCGUAUUUUUUUUAUGAAUUAUUGAUGAGUUUGAGAAAUUCAAACCAAACAACCAAAACAAUCUCUUGGUUGAUGUAGGACAGAGAGACUGGAGUCGUAUUCGUGUGGUCUCUGAUGCUCGCUAAAAGUGGAAAGUGGAAAAAUGUACUUGUGACUUUUAUUAACAAACAUGCGCCUGUAAAAAAGAAAAGAGUUGGCAGAAAAACGUCCUUUUGGAUUACGUAAAAUGAAAACUUGUACUUUGUUAUUCGCAAAUAACAAGUUAAAUGAUGAACGUGGGGCCGUGAGCUCCUUCGAACAAAUAAGGGUGAGCGAUUGAAGGGGAACCUUUAUUUUCACCUAGUAAUACAAUAAAUACUAACAAUACUAAAAAAAUGUUUAUGAAUAAGUAUUUUCGAAAAUGUAAUCUUAAUUGUGAAACGAAUUGAGGGUGUCUGGGGACUUGAAACUUUAAACUCCCUUUAUCAUAUAUUUGAUCAAAAUAUAUUGUGUUUUGCUUAAUUUGGUGUGAAAUUUACAUAUGUAUUGAAAAUUUCACAGUUUUAGGGAAAAAGUAUUAAGGAAAAAUAUUGCUUUUUGUGUUAAAACCUGAUGUGGUCUCUAGAACAGUGUAUAUUGUGAUAAUGCAAACUUAAUUAAGUUUACCGUUAAUUAUUUAUAUUUUCUGUUUGCAUUUAUCUUUUUUAGCUGCCCACAGUAAACAAAUGAAGAUGAGAUUAAUUGAAAGUCAAUUUAAGACUGGCAGAUGUUUUGCGACAAAUCAUAGCUUAAAGGAGGGUACUAAUGUAGGAGUUUAGAGUGUAUGGGUUGCUCAGGUCUCUUAAUCCGUUCUCCUAUUGUGGACCUGUUUUGGAAGAGUUUUACAUUAAAAAUUAUAGCCUAGUAUUGAUUUCCCUACUGAUGAUAUAAAACUCCCAAUAUUACAACCCAUAUUAAGUACAUGGUCGACUCGAAUAUAGAAAAACCUGUUGUAAAACAGGACCUCUAAAACCCCGACCACGUUGGGCGACACAUACCCGUAUAGGUAUCCUAAGGAGGUGAGUCCUCCCCCCGCCCCCCGACCUGCUCUCCCGGAACCCUUCAAGUCACUACAUGACCAAAGUACACGUCUUCUUUUUGAUUAACAGACCAGUUGCUCUGUUGGUGCGUUUGUCGUUCAACAGAAGGGAGAAGCAAUGUACACGAACACUGUCAUCGCCUUCUCUGUCAUAAUAAGUAUCGAAGCACUCAUCAUAUGUGUUGGAAACGCUUUCGUAAUUUUCGUACUUUGGACGCAGUUCACGGGCAGUAGAAGAAGAUCCAGCUAUCUUCUAAUCAAUCUGGCGGUUGCCGAUUUCUUAAUAGGGGUCACAAAAAUUCCAUCUUUUAUAACCAUCUACAUUCCCUCUCUGAUGCGAAAACGAAACAUUAACGACCUCGGAAACUAUAUUGCAGCAUUUGACAUCUUGUUUUCAACAGCUUCCGUAGUUUCUCUUGCUACUGUUUCAGUGGAACGCACUGCCGCCGUUUUGUGGCCACUUGCUCAUCGAACUUCAAGUGACAGAGUGUAUGUCUAUUGUAUUGCUUUUAUCUGGAUGACUGCGAUGAGUGUGUUCCUCAUUUAUAUUCUACCUUUCUUCAAGGUCUGGCCCUCAAAAUAUGCGGUUUUAGCACUGAACAUCGUUCUUGUACUAUCCAUUCUUACCACUUGUCUUACGUACAUCAUUAUACGCGCCCAUUUGAAAUGCUCACCCCAAAUAUUUAACAGUGAUCAAAGGAGAAGCAUGGAAAGAAACGUAAAACUCUCAAAAACAGUAUUUCUGGUCAUCGCAUUGUCAUUUGCUUGUUGGGUUCCAGCAGUCAUUUUUUACGUCAUUCGUGACGUCUUUUGCAAAGAAUGUAUUCCAGCCGAAGUCGUUUUGGUGGGAACUGUUUUGCAUUUCGCAAACUCUCUUGUUAAUCCUAUCGCAUAUACUUGCAGGCUGUCAGUUUUUAAGAAAACGCUGAAUAGACUCCUGAAAAGGCGACAAGUUCGUGUGGAAACAACAAAGCUUUGAAAAAAAAUGUUCCCUGCCUUGCAUGGCCAAAAAACAUUCCCUCGUUUGGUCCUGAUGUCGGGCAUGCGCAGUAGGAAGACCAAACAACAACGACGGCGACGGCAACAUCACUGAAAAAGUCAAGUCGCUCUGCUUCAAACUUUAUCGCGAUUAUUUGAUCUCAUUUAAUUUGCAAGAUGUUGGCAAUUUUUUUCUGGAGUUGAAUUCUAAAAGACUGUAUCGAAGUUCAGGAAAAGAAAAAGAAACUCUUUUGCAUUUUGCAAACUCUCUAAUAAAUCCUAUCGCAUAUACUUGUAGACUGUCAAUUUUUAGGAAAACUCUGAACGGAGUGUAGAAAUAACAAAGCGUUGAAAUAAAAUGUCCCUUUGUAAAUUAGGCCAUCCUUUUUUUUCUCGUUUAGCGUCGAAUGCGUUUCCUGAUAUUGGGUCGGUCGGUCGGAUUGAAAAAAAAAAACAAAAACAAUACAAAAUAACAAGUAGUCUGGGAAUAUAGGAGGCCCUGGUACCCCAGGACGACUUUAAAACUUAACAUUCACAUAUUAAUUAAGGUACACAAUAUAACUGUAAAAAAUGUUCCUGUUUUUGUUCCUAUUUUCCUCUAUGCUGUUAAUUACUAUGUGCAUUUUCCAGAUUAAAAGAAUUAUUUCAAGUAAAAAAUGGUUUAACUACGUUGUUACUUUUUUUUUGGAAAAUGACAAAAAUUUGGGUCGGUCGGACGACGCUAAACGAAGAAAAAAAGAGGAUGACCUUAAGGCAAAAAAGGCAUCCCACGUUUUAUCCUGACGUCAAACAUGUGCCAGUGGUGUCACCUGGGCAUAAUAUAGUAGCCUCUUUCAUUCUGGAAAUCAUCCCUCCUCAGGUGUCCAGUGAAGCCAUGACUGGGGACUAUAGGUGGUAUGGAGCGUUUUCUCUCACGCGGCCAUUAGAAUAAUUAAAAGAAAAGAAAAGUUUUAUGUAAGAAAAAGAUUCAACUUCCUCAGAAUUGGUCUUGAACACCAACAUGGCGGCCUUUUCAUUAAGCAAUUACUGUUUCGGAACCCAAAAGUGGCAGAAAUGACGUCAUGUGAAAAUGCUCUAUUGGCCAUUUUUAGUACGCGAAGGAGACUGGAUCGGUCUUCUGUUGAAUUGCAUUAUGGGAAUCAGUUGAUAGGAAGAAAUUAUGAUCCAGUUUCCUAUGCAACCUUGUGAUUACCAGUAAAAGGACCUAGAAAGAGAUUACUUCCCCAAAACGCUUUCAAAGGGUAACAUGUUCAUCACAACAGUAGAUUUAACAUAGAUCGGGUAAACACUUGCACGUCUAGUAAUUUCAGAAUGAGAUAUGCAUGUGUAGUUCCAUAACGUGAAGUAAAAACUGAAAGGAUUAAUAAAUAUGCAUGUAUGCUGAAGUCUGUAUACUGCAAGAAAAUCUCUUCAGGAAUUAAAAACGAAAUCAAAUUGAUUCAAAUUCUGUGUUAAGUGAAAUUAUUAAAACAUUCACUAAGUUCUCAUACAGCUUCAGCUGUUUCUCUCGCUGCCAUUUCAGUGCAAAGCACUUUCGCCGUUUUGUGUCCACUUGCAAACCGAACAACAAUCUAUUGCUUUUAUCUGGCGACUGAGAUGGCUCUAUCCCUGAUUUAUACCUAUAGUUUGCCCGCUUCCGGUGUUUGGAAUUACGAUGUACGAAUAAAUCAGGCACGUACAAUUCAGUGGUCUUUCUCAGAAGAAAACAGCGCUCCUAUAAUCUGCUACAGGACAAGCUACACAAUCCAGGACCGAGCGCGACAGAUGGAGCGUUGGGCAGAACAUUACUCCAGACAGAAUAUGGUGCCUGAAGAUGCCCUGAAGACGUCCCUGAACGCUAUAGAGUGCUUACCAGUUCUGGAGGAGCUAGAUUGUGAACCUUUGGAGCUGAAAGAGGCUCUGGGUUCGCUUGCACCUGGAAAAGCACCCGGUCAGGAC